AGAUGUUUCCUCUUCUCGCUCUCCCAUAGCAAUGCCUGCGACGACCGACGAAAGGCUCAAGAAGUUUCAUCGCAACUUCCCGAAAUCUCUUCCUUUUCAUCGGAAAAGAAUCAACUUUAUCUUCUCCAUCCCUCUGCUUGUCCAGUUGUUCUUCGCGUGCGCCGGACUCUGCGCAGAUCCUUGCCACCAGCUGCGGCGCCUUUCUGUUCGUUCCAACAAACGAAGAGCUAGCUCUCUUCCGCCCUCGCAUGUUAGACGGCUGCCACCGGCCAGCGCCAGCGGCAGCCUCUACCACCGUAUUGGCCACCGCCGCCGGCGCAUGGGCGGCGUGUUCGGCGCCCUGUUCGGCGGCCACCGGCGGCCGGGCCGGAGGGCGCCGGCCGUCCGGCGGCACCGUGGCCUGGUCCCGCAGCCGUCUGCGGCCUACGACGGCGGGCACCGGAGGGCCAUGCUCAGCAAGAAGUACUCGUACAUACCCGACACCUUCACGUCGCUCGACCAGGUGGCGGCGGCGCUGCGGCAGCAGGGCCUGGAGUCGUCCAACCUCAUCCUCGGCAUAGACUUCACCAGGAGCAAUGAAUGGACAGGGAAACAGUCGUUCGGCGGGCAGAGCCUGCACAGGCUGGGCGACACGCCCAACCCCUACGAGCAGGCCAUCAGCAUCAUCGGCAAGACGCUGGCGCCGUUCGACGAGGACAACCUCAUCCCCUGCUUCGGCUUCGGCGACGCAACCACCCAUGACUACAACGUGUUCAGCUUCCACCACGACAACUCCCCGUGCCACGGCUUCGAGGAGGUCCUGGCUUGCUACAGGAAGAUCGUGCCGCACCUCAGGCUAUCCGGGCCGACGUCGUUUGCGCCGAUCGUGGAGGCGGCCGUCGACAUCGUGGACCGGAGCGGAGGACAGUACCACGUUCUCGUCAUAGUUGCAGAUGGACAGGUGACUAGGAGUGUUGACACGGGUGACAGCGAUCUGAGCCCACAGGAGAAGAGAACAGUGGACUCCAUUGUCAUGGCAAGCUCCUAUCCGUUGUCCAUCAUCCUGGUUGGGGUCGGGGAUGGCCCAUGGGAGGACAUGCAAAAGUUCGACGACAAGCUCCCCGCCCGCGACUUCGACAACUUCCAGUUCGUGAACUUCACCUCGAUCAUGGCGAGGAGCACGACGGCGCAGCAGAAGGAGUCGGCGUUCGCGCUCGCCGCGCUCAUGGAGGUCCCCAUCCAGUACAAGGCCACCGUCGAGCUCGGCAUCCUGGGUCGGUUGACGGGGAACGCCAAGAGGGUUAUGCCGGCGCCGCCGCCACUGCCGCCUGCGCAGAGGCAGCCGUCGUUGAGGACGGGAGCCAGCAACGUUAACGCCGGAUCGGCACAGCCUGGAGAGCCGAGAGAUGAUCAGGUGUGCCCAAUCUGCCUGACCAAUGCCAAGGAUCUGGCAUUUGGCUGUGGACACAUGUGCUGCAGGGAAUGUGGGGAGAGCCUGACCAGAUGCCCGAUAUGUCGACAGCCGAUACGGUCGAAGCUGAGGCUAUAUUCGGGAUGAACAAUAUGCUUUUAUGCUAAAUCAUACAUAACUUAAAUUUCUAUAAGAAAAAACAUAGCUUAGCCGCCAUAAGAAAACAUGCCGCGAUCAUGUACAGAUUGUCAAAUGUGUAUGGAAGGGGUCAAGGUCAGGUCCUCUUCGUCUCGAAUUUGGAUAAACAACCAAUGGUUCAUUUGCCAGGAAGGGUUUAUUAGUUUGUGAAUUUCUCCAUUUGUUUUUGUUUAUGUCAUGUUAAUUUGUACACAUGUGUUUGAGGAAGCUACAAAAGGUUCA